GAAGGAAGGGAGGGAGAGAGAGAAUAAACUUUUUUCAAACAACAGCCAGCAGAAAGAGGGGAGGGGAAAGAAGUUAGACAUGAUCACUCUGCCAGUAACUUUUUAUUUCCCCUGGUAAGAAGGCUCCAGCAGAAAAAGGAUUGAGGGGAGAAAACAGUGUGGAUUACAACGGGACAGCAGCAAAAGGGUUUUUACCUGCCUCAACAGCAUAUAGGCUACUGUACACUUUGGAUUAAUGUGGUCGUAACUGCAGGGAUUUAUCAAUAGCUGUAGCAGUCGAGGUGUGUGUGUGUAUCCAGAGGAUAGAGCCAUGAGGAAUCUCAGCUCCUUCCUGGUUCUGCUCUCCCUCAGCCUCUGGUCAUGUGACCUGGUGGCAUCAUCCAAAGAAGUACGAUGCCCCUCCCAACAGGUAGAUGACUGGAAGUUCCCUCAGACGGCCAGACACAACAUCACAGGUUUCAAUCUGGUGCGACGCUUCUCCCUGCUCAAGACAGCAAUGGUCAAGAAGAUCCGUAACCCCCGAGGACCCGUCAUCCUCCGACUGGGCAAGACAGCGCUCAUCCACCCCACAGAUCAGGUGUUCCCCCAUGGUCUUCCUGAUGAGUUCACGCUGGUCUUCACUUUGCUCCUCAAGAAGAAAACACUGAGAAACAACAUCUACCUCUUCCAGAUCUCUGAUGAACAGGGAUACCCACAGUUCUCUCUUGACCUGAAUGGCCCUGAGGCCACCCUGUCCCUGCGUGCGCGGGGGGCCGACCCCCUGGGUGACCCGGUUGGGUGUGUGUUCAGCGGGGAGGGCGUGGAGUCUCUCCUGGACAGUGGCUGGCACAAACUGGCCCUCAGCGUCCAACAGGGAGCAGCCUCUCUACACGUGGACUGCAGCUCCAUCCAGACCAUGCCCCUGGAGCCCCGGGGAGAGCUACCCACCGAGGGACACACCAUGCUAGGCAUCAGAGCCACCGAUGCUGCCCCUGUGGAGAUGGACAUUCAGCAGGCGAUGGUGUACUGUGAUGCCUCCUUGGCCAUUCAGGAGGCCUGCUGUGAGAUACCUGGAGCUCGGUGCCCCCCUGGUGCCCUCAAGAGUCGCCGCGCUGCCGAAAAUGACCUGGAGCAGCAGGUUCUUGCCUUUAAUCAGGAGAUCCUUGGGUCCAAGGGCCUGGCAGAGAAAUGUGCUGGCUGUGUUCUUCUCAAUGAUGACCUAAACGUGGCAUCAGGUGGACACACUGGACAGCACGGAAUGAAGGGAGAGAAGGGAGAUCAGGGUUCAGACUGCAGUGAAUCUGGAUCUGGUACAUGCAAACAGGGACGCAUGGGACAGAAGGGGGAGAAAGGCGAGUCGGUGCUGCCCGCGAACUGGGGAGACGCUGUCGGACACAAGGGAGAUAAAGGACAGAAGGGAGAUAUUGGUCUCCAGGGACUAUCUGGAACCCCAGGAAAGGAUGGUCGGGCUGGAUCCAUCUGUGUGGUGGGACCCAAGGGACAGAAGGGUACCUCUGGAAAGGUGGGGCCUGAGGGACUAGCAGGAGAACCGGGAAAACCCGGACUUCCAGGAUUGCCAGGAAUUGGAAAACCAGGCCUGCCAGGCCUGCCAGGCACUCCUGGAGGACCUCCUGGAUCGAAGGGAGACAAGGGGGAUUCUGGGACACCAGGGAAAGAUGGAGAACCAGGAGAUCCUGGUCCUAGGGGUUCUGGUGGUGGUAAAGGAGAUAAGGGUGACCCGUGUGAGAUGUGUCCCGUCCUGUCUGCAGACCUGGGCAACACUGUGGCCCUCCAGGGGAAGACGGGGCCCAAAGGAGAGCCUGGUGUCCCUGGGAUAGGAGACCCUGGCCUCCCGGGUCUUCAAGGAGCAGAUGGGAAGGCAGGAGACAAGGGAGAGGCGGGGUCGGAUGGUGUCAAAGGGGAAAAGGGCGAUGUGUGUGCUGUGUGCCCCACCCUGAGUGAAAUACCUGCUGCCAACCUUGUUGCCAUGGAACAAACCCUGAAACUCAAAGGAGAGAGAGGAAAACCAGGGCUGGGACAGAAGGGAGAACAGGGGGAACCUGGAGUCAGUGGCCUGGCAGGGCUGAGAGGAGAGAAGGGUAACGCUGGUGGCAAAGGAGCUGACGGUAGAACGGGCAAAGCUGGACCCAGAGGACCUAGUGGCAAGGAUGGACUGAAGGGGAUUAAGGGAGAUCCAGGGAUUCCUGGUCUGGAAGGCCCUAAAGGAGAGAAGGGUGCGUCAUGUGGCGUGUGCCAGUCUUCUCCCUCUGAGGUGGGAAGUGGGACGUCCUUCGUCAAGGUGCUAGCGGGUGAACCUGGCCCUCCAGGGCCUGCUGGGCCUACAGGAGUGGGCACCGACGGCAAACAGGGUGUACCAGGUCUUGAUGGUCUAAGGGGAGAGAAGGGAGACCAGGGUGAGCAGGGAGACCAAGGAUUGGCCGGAACCCAUGGAACCCAGGGCCUGCCUGGAGAGCCUGGUCGGGAUGGACUAACUGGACUGAAGGGAGAGAAGGGAGAUGCGUGUGAGAGCUGUGCGCCUGUCUCUGGGGGGCAGGUGGGUGUAGGAGGGGUGCAGGGAGCCAAGGGCGAGAGGGGCAACCCCGGACCCCCAGGAGAGGGGAAAGCAGGGAAACAUGGCAAACCCGGUCUUCCCGGUGUCCAAGGGCCUGUAGGACCAAAAGGAAGCCAGGGUGACCCAGGAGUUGAAGGAGUGGGCAUCCCAGGACCUCAGGGAGAAGAAGGACCCAGGGGCCUACCAGGGGUGGCAGGUCCUCAGGGUAUUAGAGGACUUAGUGGACCUAUUGGACCUGCUGGGGACAUGGGUCCUAAAGGAGAGGAUGGGCCUCCAGGGCCACAGGGGCCCAUGGGUGUAGGUGUUACAGGACCCCCGGGUAAAGACGGCAAAGGCGGAUCCAAUGGAAUCCCAGGAGCUGAUGGAAGAGAUGGAACUGACGGAGCCAAGGGAGACAAGGGUGAACCUGGAGACUGUAACUGUUUCAGCCCUCCAUACGCAGGAACAGGAGGACCGGGAGCCCCAGGAACUCUGGGAGGAAAUACUUGGCAGGGGCCUCCGGGACCACCAGGUCCUCCUGGUCCUCCUGGGCCACAGGGCUUCAUCGGCAUCACAGGACCCCAGGGUAACCCUGGCAACGAUGGGGUACAAGGGCAGCCGGGUCUGCCUGGGAGAACUCACCUGAGGCUGCCUCAGGAUGAGGACCCCAGUCGAGGAAAUGGAAAGGAGGUGUGUGAGGACUGCUCCAAGGGCUUGCCAGGGGUACCAGGCAUGGCGGGCACCAAGGGAGAGAAGGGAGAUGAGGGCAAGACUGGCAUAGGCCACGCCCCCGACGGCUGUGAGAGGUGUUUCCUAAACCAAAGGCUGCAGAUGGAGGAGGCCGCACAGGCGCCUACCACCACCAACACCAACACCAAUGGAGCUAAUGGAGGCUGCUCCGGACCAGGAACACCAGGAACACCAGGCCACCCAGGAACACCUGGAAUAAGGGGAGAGACGGGUCCUCAGGGGCAAAGAGGACAGGCUGGAGUACCAGGAAAUAUGGGUCCUCCUGGUUUUCCUGGUCCUCAAGGCUCAUCUGGACUUCCUGGUCAGCAGGGUGAGAGAGGGGCAGCAGGACCACCAGGUGUGAAGGGUGAAACGGGCCCUCCCGGGACUAAUGGAUACCCAGGUUCUAUGGGACCACCUGGGCUUCCUGGCCUGAAGGGCGAGCGAGGGACCCCAGGCAGUGUGGGAACGAAGGGAGAAUCGGGUCCACCAGGCAACCCAGGAUACCAGGGAAAGGCUGGAGUAGCGGGACCCAAAGGAGAGGCUGGACUGGCAGGUUCUGAUGGACCGAAGGGAAAUCAGGGCUCCCAAGGGCAACCAGGAUUCCCAGGGACACCGGGCCCCCCUGGUCCCCCUGGUAAACAAGGAAGAGAAGGCCCACCUGGACCCAAGGCUGACAAGGGUAAUGAUGGAGCACAAGGUCCACAGGGCUCGUCUGGACCGUCAGGUUCUCCUGGGGCUCCUGGCUUGCAGGGACCUCCUGGAUUUGAGGGAUUGGACGGUAAAGAUGGGAAACCAGGAAUGAGGGGUGAGCCAGGGCUUCCAGGGACGGCAGGACCCAGAGGAAUCCCGGGUUUCAAAGGAAAGCAUGGACAUGUUGGCUUCCCUGGACAGAAGGGUGAUGCUGGACCUGUAGGCCCACCGGGGACAGCUGGCAGACCAGGACUUGAAGGUGACGCCGGAGCCCCUGGGCCUCAGGGUCGACCCGGUCCCCCAGGACACCUUGGUUCUGCAGGAGCAGCAGGACCCCCAGGACCGGCAGGCCCAGCAGGAGAGGGUAUAAAGGGGGAGAAAGGCCAGGCAGGAGACAGAGGGCUACCAGGGAUGGUUGGCCCAGCUGGACCCCCCGGUCAUCCAGGAAUGAUGGGAGAACCAGGAAGUGAUGGAGCUGUGGGCAAAGAUGGAUCGCCUGGUCUGCCAGGAGACAAUGGACAAUGUGGUCAAAAGGGUGAAGCAGGUACCCCAGGUCAGAGGGGCGCCCCAGGGGAGCGAGGUCGCCCUGGACUUCCUGGCGGAGGGGGGUACUCCUCCAAGGCUGAUGCCCCAGUGAUGGGCCCAGUGGGACCCAGGGGAGAGAGGGGGACCCCUGGCUCACCAGGCACUGCAGGGUCCCCCGGACCUCCAGGAAUACCAGGCAACGAGCCUGUGGUCAACUAUGACAACAUCAAGGACUUCAUUCGCCAGCAGGUCAUGAAGAUCUUUGAUGAGAGGAUGGCCUACUUCAUGUCUCGUAUGCCGCAGCCACAAGAGGUGUCAUCUCCCGGUCGUCCUGGCCCCCCAGGGAAGGAUGGUAAUCCAGGUAGAGAUGGGACUCCAGGGGCCCCAGGUCAGCCAGGGCAGAUAGGUAGAGAGGGUCGCCAAGGACCCUUGGGACCACAGGGUCCACGAGGUCUAAAGGGAGAGAAAGGUGACAAGGGUGUAGGGGAGAUGGGUGACAGUGGACCCCCAGGAGCACCAGGUGUUCCGGGCCCCCCAGGCUAUGGUAAGAUGGGCCCCAGCGGCCCUGUGGGUCAGCAGGGGGUCCCUGGGGUCUCAGGAACCCCUGGACAGCCGGGUCAGAAGGGCAGGGAGGGCCGGUGUAACCCCUCUGACUGUAUGAGCCAACCAAUAGAGUGGAACCCUAAGGGCCCUUCCAUCAAGGGCCCCUACUAGAGAGAAGGCUUUGAAGAGGAGAGGAUGAGAUAGAUGGAGAGAUAGAAGAAAGCAACCCAAAUACCAGAAGGCACUAGAGAAAGGAGUGGAGGGGAGAAGAGAAAAUAGAUCAAACAAAAGACCAGAGCUACCGUCCGAUCAACAGAAAUCAUCCCAGGAGAACAAAUUAAUACUGAAACACCAAUAGUUGAUGUGGAGGACCCAUCCCUAAUUCAUCAGUGUUUGCCAGUUAGCUGUCCUCCUCACCACCUGUGUAGAAAUUGUAUAUGUGUAGUACCUUCCUCUAACUGAAGCCUUAGUACCAGCUGAAGUUGCUUCAAUAAAGGAGAGAUAUGGACGCUGUACUAUCCUGCCUCUGUCCUCUCUUUCAUAUAUUUUCUGUUCAUUCCUGCUACGUUUCCCAACUGUAGCUAUCAGCUCUUUCUAUUAGUUAGACAUGUUUAUUUUGACAAUACCAGCAAGAGCAAAUCCAGCCUUUGAAAAAUGCAUAUUCUUCCUCAUCCUCACUAUCAUCCUCAUCUUCAUUCUGAUUAUAAAACGUGCCCGUUGGGAGUAUUAGGCAGCUACUUUGUGAUUUUCUGCGUUGAUCUAGCUUCUGUCUAGCCAUAGAAACAAAAUGAAUAGAACUGACAUGGCACUCCCAUUUCAAAUUCCCAUUCUAAUCAUUCUAUCUCUUUGUACAUUCUGUUCGAUUUCUAUGCUUGAAUAUACUCCCUCAUCACUUGAAUGAUGUCUGAUGCUUUAACAAAUCUGUACGCUAUACCAUCAAAUAAUGGCCUUAUGAGAAGUUCUCACCUUCUCUUCCCUGUUUGCGUGAGAAGAACAUAAUGUACACCUCCCAAGAGUGCCUGUUUUGUACAUAUUUAUAUUUAUAUGUAAUAGCUUUUUAUACAUUUUGGAUUUGGGGUCAACAUGGUUUACCGUGUGUUCGCUAUGGUCAACUGUCAGGAAUCCACUACGAGUGUGGUUUUUGUAAGAUUUCAAAGUGGAGUAAUUUGUUCUUAAAAAAAAUAAAGAGAAAUUAGCGUUUUGGGUGAAAGCAGAUUGGAUUUCUAUAUGGUGGUAUAAUUAUGCUUUGGAAGAUAUUUUCAUGCGUGCCUUUGUAUGAAGUACAUAUCAUUUUCAAAACUGCCUCAAAACUGGCAAAACAAUUAGAUUUCUAGUUAUGUAGCAAUUUAUCAACAAGUCUCUUACAAAAGAUAAACUUGAAAGGGAUCAUUUGCUCCUCCAGCACACCACUGGUUACUGUAACAGAAAUAGGGUUGCAAAAUUCAGGUAACUUUCCAAAAAUUCCCAGGUUUCCAGAAAUCCUUGUUUGGAUGAUGGAGGGGAUAAGCAGAACAUCCGGAAUCCUCCAACCAGGAUUUAUGGAAAACCUGGGGAUUUUGGGCAAGUUACCGUCAUUUUGCCAUGCAUAGCGGAAAUACAUGCUUUAUGACCACUAAGAGUUUUCAAUGUCAUUAUCAAAGAUAAGAGAAACAGGCUGAAUUUUCAUAGGAGAGGCAGUUAAGCAUCUUCAUCCAAUCAGCUUCUCCUAGUAUCAAUUACUAACUGAGUACAACUUGUACGUCUCCUGCCUUGUAUGUUGUGUUGUUUUGAAUGUUUGCAGUUUUACCUGUCAUCUAUACACUACAGUCAGUAACCCCUAGCUGUGUAAGGGAUGUGUCACCAGGUUUAGAUUCAUAUGGGUGUUCUGAGUUGUUAUUGGAAGGGCAAUGAGGUUUUCUUGACCAUUUGACCUGUCCAUAGUAGUUCCUGGUCAGGAAAACCUACUGACCCUAGUUAUACUAAACAAAGCACCCCGAUAGUUAAAUAUCUCCCCUCUACAUUCCUAGCUUUCAUAAACAUCUUGUUGAAACCACGCCACUGUUCCCUGCUACUCUCAGUAUAUCUGUUGACGUGUGUUUUAUGUUGGCAUCACUUUUUAUAAAGAUAUGUUUUUUUAAUGGAAACUUUUCAGAAAAAGAUAAUAAAAUGUUUAAAGCAGA